CAUAAAAAUUGGAUCUUUCAAAUCCUCGCACACGAAAUUCACGUUCCCAUUAUAUUCUAAGCUGCGAAGGAGAGGAAGAGGGCGGGGAAUGUUUCCUGUCGUCUCCUUUAUAUAUAAACAGAAGCAGUAGGUGAGAGAAAGCAGAGUAGCAGAAAAUCUUGGAUCAUCCCUCUCUCUCUCUCUCUCUCUCUCAAUUCAAGAAUCUUUGAUUUGUUUUUGGACUGAUAAGCUCUGGUUCUAGAGAACCCAGAGCUAAAAGCCUAAAAAGUCUUGAUUUUUGUCUUGGGAGGGAGCACUGUAAUGGCGAGUUGGGUGUUAUCAGAAUGUGGUGUUAGGCCACUCCCACGGGUCUUUCCAAAACCUAGGGCUGUUUCAGCUUCUACCCAUUCUCUCAGCUUACCAAAGCUGAAAGCUUUGGGAACAGAUCUUGGUGGCUCUUCGUUUUCAUUGCUGGGGAUUAAAGAGAGGAACUGGGCAUUGAGGGUGAGCGCACCAGUGAGGGCUCCAUUGCUGAGUGAAGAAGAGAGGGAGGGAAUGAGUAUUGGGAAAGAUGAAGAAGAAGAAGUUGAAGUUGAAGGGUUUGAUCCUGGGGCACCCCCACCCUUCAAGCUGUCUGACAUUAAAGCAGCAAUUCCUAAACAUUGCUGGGUUAAGGACCCAUGGAAGUCCAUGAGCUAUGUGGUUAGGGAUGUUGUGGCUGUGUUUGGAUUAGCAGCUGUGGCUGCUUAUUUCAACAAUUGGAUUGUUUGGCCUCUUUACUGGUUUGCUCAAGGAACCAUGUUUUGGGCUCUUUUUGUUCUUGGCCAUGACUGUGGCCAUGGAAGCUUUUCAAGUAACCCUAAGCUGAACAGUGUGGUUGGGCAUCUCCUUCAUUCUUCAAUUCUUGUCCCUUACCAUGGAUGGAGGAUUAGUCACAGGACUCAUCAUCAGAACCAUGGCCAUGUUGAGAACGACGAAUCUUGGCACCCAAUAACCGAGAAUCUUUUCAACACUCUGGAUGAUGUAACAAAAAAAUUAAGGUUCACGUUACCAUUCCCCUUACUCGCAUACCCUAUCUAUUUGUGGGGUAGAACGCCUGGGAAAAAAGGCUCUCAUUAUCAUCCAAACAGCGAUUUGUUUACUCCAUAUGAGAGGAAAGAUGUGAUUACCUCGACGUUGUGUUGGACAGCAAUGGUUGCGGUCCUUGUUGGAUUGUCGUUUGUGAUGGGACCUGUCCAAUUGCUCAAACUCUAUGGAGUUCCUUAUAUGGGUUUUGUAAUGUGGCUGGAUUUAGUUACCUAUUUACAUCACCACGGCCACGAAGAAAAACUUCCCUGGUACCGUGGACAGGAAUGGAGUUAUCUUCGGGGUGGGCUUACUACUCUUGAUCGGGACUAUGGAUGGAUUAACAACAUCCAUCACGACAUCGGGACUCAUGUGAUACAUCACCUCUUCCCUCAAAUACCCCAUUAUCAUUUAACAGAAGCUACUGAAGCAGCGAAGCCUGUGCUUGGAAAGUAUUACAGGGAGCCAAAGAAAUCGAGCCCUCUCCCGUUUCAUCUGCUGGGAGACCUCAUAAGAAGCAUGAAGACCGACCACUAUGUAAGUGAUACUGGGGACGUCGUAUAUUAUCAAUCUGAUCCUGAGCUGUCUGGAUCUCUGAAGAAAAAUUGAACUUUCUGUCAAAGAUGGGGUCGCGGGUAAAUUUUUAAUUUUUUUUUUUUAGUUAAUUUUUACCGCUAUUGAGGGAAAUACCUCAGCUAGAUUAAAUUCAUUUUUCCCAUCCAGAAUGUGAAGGGAUAUAGGUUCAGUAUUGAUAAACAAUAUAUAGUGAUUGCUAAAUUUAGCUGUUAUUUUUGUUGUUUUAUAAGUAUUUGGUGAUCUGGUGAUUCUUGAAUGAUACUAUGAAAACUCUGCCACUAUUU